GGAACCAUGAAGCUGUUGGUAGUUUUUCUGUUUUUGGCUGUUGCCACUGCAAAGGAGGAUCCUGAGGUUCCUGAUCAUAUUAUUACCAAUGGAAGUCCCGCCUACGAGGGACAGGCUCCCUAUGUGGUGGGCAUGGCCUUUGGCCAGAGCAACAUCUGGUGCAGUGGCACAAUAAUUGGCGACGCCUGGAUCCUCACCUCCGCCCAGUGCUUGGUGGGCAGUUCCGGGGUGACCAUCUACUUCGGAGCCACCAGGUUGAGUGAGGCGCAGUUCUCGGUUUCGGUGGGCACUGGCAACUAUGUGACGGGAAGCCAGCACUUGGCCCUGGUUCACAUUCCCCGGAUUGGCUUCUCCAAUCGGGUGAAUAAGGUAUCCUUGCCUUCUCUAAGGGACAGAUCCCAGAAAUACGAGAACUGGUGGGCCAGCGUUUGCGGAUGGGGAGUUACCACCUUCAACAAUGGAUUAACCGACUGGCUGCAGUGCGUCGAUCUGCAGAUAAUGUCCAACUCGGAGUGCGUCUCCGUCUUUGGCUCCACCACCGUUUCUGACCAGAUCCUCUGCACUCGAACUCCGAAUGGAAGGUCCACUUGCUUUGGAGAUGCCGGAAGUCCUCUGGUCACCAAGCAGGGAUCUGUUGUGGUGGGUAUUUCCGCCUUCGUGGCCUCCAAUGGCUGCACUUUGGGAUUGCCUGCUGGCUUUGCCAGGAUCACCAGUGCUCUGGACUGGAUUCGCCAAAGGACUGGCAUUUCCUACUAAACUUGGGUCAACUUGUAGCUUAAUUAAAUAAAUAUGACCCUUUUCUGCAUAUUCAA